GGUCGCUUUUGGUACUUGAAAACUUUCAGGUGUCAUGAGUUCUCAAUCUCAUCGAGAGUGUAAUGGACACGAUUGUGAAUUGAGAACACGGACAACUCUGUUUACAGACUUAAUUAUUAACGCUACCUACGGUCGAAUUUGAGUUAUGAAACUGGAAGACAAUGAAGGGCAUGGAGGAGCAGAAACAUCCAGCAGGAAAAGAACAGCAUCAGAGUCUAAGAUUGAUGAGAGCCCAACAGACAGGAAGAGGAGUAAGGAUGGGGAAAGGGACAAAAAAGAGGAAACCGAGCUGAAGCACAAGGCGAAACACUCCAGUUCUAAGCAUCCUCGUAAACCUCUGCAGGAGCCGAAGAUCACAAGUUCUGGGGGCUUAAAAGCUGUCUCGGAGAACGACCAUGCAGAUGUGAAGACCAAAAGUGUAGCCACGGAUGCAUCACUACCUUCAGAAAAGAAGGUUGACUUAAACAACAAUGUCUCUGCCAAGCACACGGAAUCACAUGAGAGGAAAGUGACCAAGACUGAGUUACAGGAAGUUGACUUGUUUGCACCAAUUGAGCAUUCAGAUAUGGAGAGGUCUGACAAAAAAUCCAAGAAAACUGGGGAUUCACAAAAAGAUAACAAACACAAGCACAAAUCUAAAAGUAGCAAAAAGGGACACCACGGGACAGACGAGAGAAAAGUUGGGGAAAUAUCAGCUAACAGUUCCGAUGGCAACUCUAAAAAGAGGAAGAGCAAAGAUUCACGUGAAACUGAUGUUCUACCGACAGGUGACAGUAAAAAAGAAACUGGCGUAAAAAAGGAGAAUGCCAAGAAAGAAAGGGAGAAAAAAGAUAGAAGUGGUAAAGACACAAAGACAUCCGAUGAAAAGAAACGUAAAAAUAAGCCAGAGGGAAAAGAAGAAUCUAAGAAGAAGAAAAAAGAUGGAGAUGAUGGGAAGACCAAGAAGGGUGGGAAAAAAGAAGGGGAGGACAGUACAUGGAAAUGGUGGGAGGAAUGUAAUUCCAACAACGGGAACAAAUGGACCACGUUGGAACACAAAGGUCCACUUUUCCCACCAGAAUACGAACCAUUACCAAAUAACGUGUCUUUCUUUUACAAUGGGAACCCUGUAAAACUGACUUUGCCUGCUGAGGAGGUAGCCACGUUUUACGCCAAGAUGCUGGACCAUGAGUACACAACCAAGAGUUCCUUCCAGGAGAACUUCUUCACCGACUGGAGAGAGGAAAUGUCAGUAGAGGAGAGGGAACAGAUCAAGAAGUUGUCGAAGUGUGAUUUCACACACAUCAACAAGUACUUCCUGGAUAAGUCUGAGGAGAAGAAGGCUAUGACAAAAGAACAGAAACAGGUCCUGAAAGAGGAGAACAGCAAGCUGACGGAGGAGUAUGGCUUCUGUGAGCUGGACGGUCACCGGGAGAAGAUCGGGAACUUCCGUGUGGAGCCUCCAGGGCUGUUCCGUGGCCGGGGAGAACACCCCAAGAUGGGCAAGCUGAAGAAGAGGAUCCAGCCAGAGGAAAUCACCAUCAACUGCAGCAAAGGCUCCAAUAUUCCGGUGGCCCCAAAGGGCCACAGGUGGAGGAAGGUGCAGCAUGACAACACAGUGACCUGGCUAGCCUCCUGGGUGGAGAACGUCCAGGGAAACUUCAAGUACGUCAUGCUCAACCCCAGCUCCAAACUCAAGGGGGAGAAGGACUGGCAGAAGUAUGAGGUGGCUCGUAAACUCAAGCUUAAGGUGGAGACCAUCAGGAGGCUGUACCGUGAGGACUGGAAGAACCGAGAGAUGAAGACCAGACAGAGAGGAGUGGCUCUCUACUUCAUCGACAAGCUGGCCCUGCGAGCGGGGAAUGAGAAGGAGGAGAGUGAGACAGCGGACACGGUGGGCUGCUGCUCUCUGAGAGUGGAACACAUCACCCUGCACCAGGAGAAGGGGGGCCAGGAGUUCAUGGUGGAGUUUGACUUCCUGGGGAAAGACUCUAUUCGCUAUUAUAACGAGGUGCCUGUGGAAGGCAGGGUUUUCAAGAACCUGAAGCUGUUCAUGGAAAACAAGGAUCCUGAGGAUGACCUGUUUGAUAGAAUAAAUACUACCUACUUGAACAAGCACUUGAACCAGUCCAUGCCGGGGUUGACUGCUAAAGUGUUCCGAACCUUCAACGCCUCCACCACCCUGCAAGAACAGCUCAACAAGCUCACCACGGCUGAUAUGAGUCUGGAGGAGAAGCUGCUGUCCUAUAACCGAGCCAACAGAGCUGUGGCCAUUCUCUGUAACCACCAGAGGGCAGCACCCAAAUCAUUUGAGAAAUCCAUGCAAAACUUGCAGGACAAGGUUGCGCAGAAGCAGGAACAGUUAGAUGUGGCCAGGAAGGAGCUGAAAGAUGCCAAAAAAGAGCACAAGAGGGGCGGAACUGAGAGGACCAGGAAGCUUGUUGAGAAGAAGGAGGCUGUGGUGAAGAGGCUGGAGGAACAGCUGAAGAAACUCCAGCUGCAGAUGACUGACAGGGAGGAGAACAAGGUCAUCGCUCUGGGCACAUCCAAACUCAACUACCUGGACCCCAGGAUAUCAGUGGCCUGGUGUAGGAAAUUCAAUGUGCCAAUCGAGAAGAUUUACAACAAAACCCAAAGAGACAAGUUUGCUUGGGCUAUUGAUAUGACUGAAGAAGAUUUUCAGUUUUGAGCUGUGUCGCCCUGUCAGCAAGACAGAUUUUGCGUUGUUUCCUUUCCUCUGUUACUUAUUUUUAUGUUCCCUUUAUAAUUUCAACUACUUAGGUCUUUAUUUGUUGUUGGUUACUAGCAGUGUUUGUUUUCUGACUUGACAACGCGCACAUCAGUGAGAAUUAAUCAGUUAUAAUAGACGAGGAACAUUUUGUGUUUAAGAUUUGUUUCUUUUGUUAACAAUUGUAAAUGUGUGAAAUAAAAUACCUUUUCAUUGA